AUGCCACGUAAGCUACGUAAGAAUAUACGUAAGAGGAAGAGAGCAUUGAAACAUCCAAUAGUAAAACUGACACCACAACAACAGUUGCAACAACAAAUGCUGAAUGACCCCACUAUGUUGCAACAAAUGUCAAGCAACCCUAUGCUUUUAAACCGAGUCAUUGGUGCACAGAGUGGAGGUUUAAGAGCGGCACUUUUAGCGAAAAUGGCAGGCUAUGGUGGAGCUGCAGACGGAACAGCUUAUAACCCUCAAAGUCAAAUGAAUUUGAGUUCACUCAAAAAUCAAAUAACAGAUGUCAAAAAGUCAAACAUAGACAUACAGAAACAAAUAAGUGAAAACGAAAAGAAACUAGAAUAUGACAGACACACAAAGAAACUCAAUGAGUUAAACGUAGAGAAAAAGAAGAAAGAAGAACAACUGAAAGAACUAGGUACAGAGGAAUAUGCGAAAAAAGUGUCAGAAAAAGCAGCAGAAGUAGCAAAAAUGGAACAAGAUGUUAUAAAUUUGAAAAACCAUACUACUCAAUAUAAAGUACUGAAAGAUGAAGAGAUAAAACAAAAAGCCCUGAAGACAUAUAUGGAUAGCGAUGAGUAUAAAAAAGAAGUUGAAGCAAAUGUAAAGGCAGAAAAACUUUUACAGUUGCAAAACCAAACCGUACAGUAUGAAAACUUAGCACAAGAAAGUAAAAAUAACGACGCAGCCAUGCAAAAGGCAAUGAAAAGCACAGAAUAUAUAAAAGCUAACAAUGACUGGUUAGAUGCCCAAGCCAACGCUAAAGCAGCCCAACUUAUAGGGUCAAUAAGGACAAAAAUACAAGCGGAUGAAGACAGUUCAAAUGAAGCUUUAACGAAUGCUGACUUUAAGAACGCCUUCGAAGCUCUUCAUAGUAAGGUGAAACUAGUGAACGACUUCUCAUCUGGAAAGAAACUGAAGUCUGAAGGUUUCGACAAAGAGUUAAAAGAAGUAGCAGAAAAUAUGACGAAAAUAACAGAUGCAGCAACGAGACAGGCAGUUCAAAGUGCCUAUGACGCCGUUAGAGCAACUGUUGUGGAAAGUCAAGAAAAAGAGUUACAACAGACCAAAACAGACCUAGUAAAUGCUUUCUUAAGAACGAAAAGUCAGGUAGGACAUUAUGCUGCAGAUGGAACAUAUGUGCCAGCUG